UGGCUGAUUUUUUAAUUUUUAAAUUUUUUUUUUUCCGAAAAUGUGAUUUAGGAAUUGAAAAAUCAAAAAAGUAGUAUUAGCGUUGGAAAUUGGGGGAAAAGAAGAUCUCUCUUUAUCUCUCUCUCUCUCUCUCUCUCUCCUCUUUCUCUCUCUACUUAUUUUCCAUUCUUCCUUUCCUGUGCAAUUUUUAUGGGUUAUGGUGAUUUCUGAGGUGUUUCCACGUCAUUGAGGAUGGGCAAAGCGACGUCGUGCAGUGUAGACCUGCGUUUUUUUGGGUUUUUUUUUUUUUUUUUUGGGGGUAAAACAUUUUCCCUAGAUGGGGGGGACCAUAACUGCCUCCAUUAACUACCAUUAUUUUUUUUUAAUUUAUUUUGUGAUUGAAGAGUGAAAAAGCAUCUGGAGCUAAAAAAAUCAUUUUCUUCUUAUGGUGGUUUUUAAUUCUUCUGGGGUUUAGUUUGGUUGGAAAUCACUGAAAGAUACAAAUAUAGGCUUGAUUUAAUUUCAUUAUCAAUUUUUAUAAAACAGAUUGAGAAAUAUUUUUUGAUUUCGUGUUUUUUUUUUUUUUUCGGAGUUCUUAGUCAAUUGAAGUAGUAGUGUGUAUUUGAUGUCUUUAUUGUAGAAGAGAAUUGAGCAUGUGAGUGAUAGAUAUAUAAAAGAGAAAGAUAAAAAGGAGUCUUUAUUGUACUUGGAAAGUGUUGGUUAUAUACUAGUAGCAGUGAACAGUUAAAAUCUUUCUGUUAUCGAUCUGCUGUAUUAAAGGCGGCUGAAGAUAGAGAGAGAGAGACUAUAGUUUCUUUCCACAUUCUUUUCUUUUACCAGAAAUUAAUGUUUUGCUAUGAAUGACAUAGUAUGAAAGGCUUUUGUUAGCUGGUUGAGCUGUAAUUAAGAGUCUUUCUGUUUAUCUGUUGUUGGGAUCAUUGGGAGAACGAUAAAUUUUAGAAAAAGAAUCUGAAUAUCUUUGCUACGGAAAUAUCGACUGAAUCAAGCUUUUAAGUUAAAGAAUGAGUGGUCAUUGCUGUGAUUUAUCACAUCAUCUUCUUGUUUCUAGUUUAUGAUGCAUUUGUGGUACAAGGAUAAUUAACAGAGCCGUUUAAACCCUUCGUAUUUUCUGAGAUGGAUUGGAAUGCAAAGUGGGAUUGGGAAAACAUUGUUGCCUUCGGAUCAAAAGCAUCCGAAAGUCCCAAGAAGCUGCAAUUAGUAGACUGGAUGAUUGUUGACGAUGGAGAAAUCGAUGCCGGAUCUUUCAACCCCUCCAUGUGUGGUGGCGGCAACAACAGCGGUGGUGCCGCCUCUGGCUCCGACGGUGGGCAUGUUUCUUCCACUAAGAGCUCGAUAUCAGCUUCUACAGACUCUUCCACAAAGGAUGUGAUGCAAAGCUCAAACUUCAGGCUCAUGAAUUUCGAGGGCUUUCCUGAAAAUUUUAGCAACAAAAUCGAGAUGAAAGAAACUGAGGUUUCUGGUACUUAUCCAGUUCUCGAGGCUUCUGUUGGAUCUGUCGAACCAUUAAUCGGUCUCAAGCUCGGAAAACGAACAUAUUUUGAGAAUAGCGGUGCUGGAGGCAAUGUUAAGAGUGUUUCUUCUUCUUCUUCUGUGGUGCCUAAUACAUCCACCAGUUUGUUGAAGAAAACUAAGUCACCAGGUCAAAAUCUGCCUGCACCACGCUGUGCAGUUGAUGGCUGCAAUGCUGAUCUUUCAACGGCUAAAGAUUAUCACAGAAAGCAUAGAGUUUGUGACGGCCAUUCCAAAUGCGCAAAGGUUAUUGUUGGAGGCCUUGAACGUCGUUUUUGCCAACAGUGUAGCAGGUUCCAUAAUUUGUCUGAGUUUGACGAGAGGAAGCGCAGUUGCAGAAGAAGACUUUCUGAUCAUAAUGCACGGCGUCGGAAGCCACAGCAGGAGACUAUCCAGUUUAAUUCGACAAGGCUCUCAUCAUCAUUCUAUGGUACAGGGGGAAGGCAGCAGACGGGUUUUCUGUUGAACAAUGGUCCACUUAUUCAGUCUGGAAAUGCUGCUAAUACCACAUGGGGUAACACGUGUAACUCCAAGUUCACCCUAACAAAAGGUUAUCCUUUCAUAUCCAAUGGAAAUGGUGUCUCUGAGGAGCAAAUGCAUAUGCCAGGAAUCAAACUGCCACAUGCCACAAAUAUGCACGGUUCGAAGGGAUCACAUAUCUCUUCUCACUUAGAUGCAGCAAUGGAGUACCGCCGUGCUCUCUCUCUUCUGUCAACUAAUUCCUGGUCUUCGUGUGGACAAGAAUCCAUGCCACUCCACAAUCAUAAUAAUAAUAAUAAUAAUAAUAAUCCCAUGAUGCAUGAAAACGAGACCUUUGUAACUCAGCCUAUGAUGCACACAAUUCCAGAAGGUAUUCCACUCUCUGCUGGUUCGGAAUUCUGGCUCAGUACUGCUGGACAUCAAUCAACUCACCACCAUCGCACCAACAGUAACAACUACGACGAAAUCCAGCUUUCGGUUACACCGUACGAGCCCGACUUCUAUUCUAACAUCUUAAACUGACUACUAUUCACUAUUCGGAAAAAUUAUGUUCAAGACUUAUUAGUUGUGUUUUUUUUUUAUUGUUGAACUUUGAAGAAACUAUGGUUGCUUAGUGGUAAAUGGAUAAUAAAUCUCUGACAUUAUUCUAGAUAUUAAUUGUUUUUUUCUUUUUUUAUCUUGGGGAAAUUUGAUUGAUGCAUUUGAUAU